UCUCCAGCUUUAUUGAUGCGUGUGCGAGUGCACGAUCGUGACCGCGUAGAGGCGUUUCCGAGGGUACGCCGCUGGCUAGUUUUGAGGAGUUCUGAGUUCUGAAAGCUGGUUUUUAAGCAGGCACGCGUUAAGGGAAUACUUGAUAAAACUAGGAAUCAUCACCAAUUUGCAUAUACAUUAUCUGUAUCGGUAAUUUAAAGAGGUACACAUUGACGUGGAAACUUCAAUACCAAACCGAUCGAUGUGUCCUUGGAUAUCUUUCCGACUUACUUCUAUGGAAUAGUGCCAAGACAUUGGACAUUGUGCGUUGACGUUAGCUGGCUAGCUAGCUGAUGUUUUUUACCUAACUGUGCUGAAAAAGAAGGGGGAUGAGGGACCGGUUGGCCGACUUGACAGCCAACAGCAGACAUGAGGAGGAGGAAGUCAACAUCACGGUUGAUAAGGGUGCAUUCAUGGAAGAUUUCUUCCGACGGGUGGAGGAGAUUCGGGCACUCGUUGAUAAGAUCUCAUCUCAAGUGGAGGAGGUGAAGAAGAAACACAGCAUGAUCCUGUCUGCACCUAAUCCUGAUGAACGGACAAAAGAGGAACUGGAACAGCUGACCAACGAAAUUAAGAAGAAUGCCAACACUGUGCGGGCCAAGUUAAAGAUCAUGCAGCAGGACCUUCCGUCAGACGAGAACGCUAACAGGGCUUCUGUGGACCUCCGCAUUCAGAAGACCCAGCACACUGUGCUCUCCCGGAAGUUUGUGGAGGUCAUGACUCAGUACAACGAGACCCAAGUGUCCUUUCGGGAAAGAAGCAAAGGAAGGAUUCAGAGACAGCUGGAGAUAACUGGAAAAGUGACCACGGAUGACGAGCUGGAGGACAUGCUGGAGAGCGGGAACCCUGCAAUUUUCACAUCUGACAUCAUCUCGGACUCCCAGAUCACCCGGCAGGCCCUGAACGAGAUCGAGUCGCGACACAAGGACAUCAUCCGCCUGGAGUCCAGCAUCAAGGAGCUUCACGACAUGUUUGUGGAUAUGGCCAUGCUGGUGGAGACCCAGGGAGAAAUGAUCAACAACAUUGAGAAAAACGUGACCAAUGCAGUGGAGUAUAUCGGCCAUGCCAAAGAGGAGACCAAAAAAGCUGUGAGGUAUCAGAAGAAGGCUCGCAGGAAAUAUUUAAUUAUUGCCAUCGCUGUGUUCGUCCUGCUUGCUGUAAUUGCACUAAUCGUGGGUCUGUCUGUGGGGCUGGCUAAAGCCCCACAAUAAGUCCCCUCCCCACGUGCUGCUCUAGAAAACUCUUUAUAUUGCUAUCUGUGUGAUAGUGGGUGUCAUUAUUUUAGCCAUUAUCAUCGGGACCACGGUGUCUUAGUGCUGACCACGCUCGCCCAGUGAAGGAAGAAAGGAGAGGGCCGUCGAGGGGAACGCUCGCGUCCCGAAGAUGAGAACGAAACGACUCGCACUCCCCUGAGCAAACCUAAAGUGCAGGUUUUUACAAAGUAGAUGAUUUGCUCUUUGGUGGUACCUUAUUCUCCAGCCUUUUCCCUGUUUGCUCCACAUUUUCCAACAGGGCUUCUCGUUGUUUUCCUUGAUUCACACUCAAGGUACCACCAGUCGUGCUCCACAAUCUCACCUAAAGAGGCCUUACAGCUUUGUAUUGCACCAGGACUCACUCCAAAUUUUUAAAAAAUUAUAUAUUAAAAGUUUGUUUUUUUUGCAUAGAAAAUCUCCAGCUUUUCAAUCUUUUUGUGCCGUUACAAGAUGCUCUGUGACCCCCAGCAUUAGUCUAGCGCUUAAACACACAAACUCUCCCUCACACAUACACUCACACGCACAGUCGCACACAGAGAGUUGUAGACAGACACACACACACUCACACAUGCACAUGCACACACACUCUCUCUCUCUCUCUCACACACACACACACAUACGCGCACACACUCCAAUCCUGGAACUGCUGCUCUGAAUGAAUUGUCUCCUGAGAACUGUGUUACUUUUUUCUAUUUUAUCCUUUGUACCCUGACUGCGAUUCCCUUCAUGUCACCUGAAAGUGUCCUUUGAAAUGCCAUUUUACAGAAUCGCCGAGACACACAAGGGCCCAUUUAGGGAAUCUCUGCCAAGAUGUACUGUAUAGGCCAGCUCUCCAAUGGCCCAUUUUAGUGAAUGUGUCACUGUUCCAGCACUGGCUGUCAAGCCUUCAAGAAUAGUCUUUUAUUUUAGCCUCCUUGCUAACCUCAGUAUAUAAGCUUUAAAAUCAUUCCUAGAUCUAUGUUAUAUUAAAUAUUGUUUUAUAGUCUUUUUAGUUCGCGUGUAUAUGAUCAAUUUUUGCACUGUAGACAAGUGUUUUUUUUUCUUCUUCGUGGUUUUUAAAAUUUUGUUUUAAAUUUCCAUCGACAACUGUGAUCAUGACCAGAAUGUGCCUGAGAUUUGACUGAGUAACAGAGAGUGCAAUUAUCUUUUCGAAUAAGAGUGAUUUAAUUCAAGUUACAGUGGAAAGAGCUCCAAUUAAUGUCUUGGGAAGGGUUUCAUAUUAGUCUUUCACAUUAUAGCAUUAAUACUUCUAUAUUCCAAAGGAAAUAUUUCUGAAUACCUCAAGUAUCACUAUUAAAAUACACUAAAGGUUUUACCCCUCUCUAAUAAUAAUAAUAAUAUGAAUAAUAAUAAUAAUAAUAAUAAACAGAAAAAUUGGGCUGUAAAGAAUGCAGUCUCAACUUAUUUAGUCACAACUAAGAGAUGCUCCACGUAUUUUAAUAAAUGAUAUAAAAUAUAAAUAAUAAAUCGAAUGAGAAUGAUUCUUGAAAAUGCAUUCCAUAUGUAGAACGGAGCGAUGCUGCAGAUGCAUUGGAGUUUGAGACUGAAAGCCAUAAUUAGUAUAUCUGGAUUUUUUCUACUGGUUUCACUUUUUGCUGUACAUACAUGUCUCGCUGUGUGAAACGGCACUUACGUAAUCAUGGGUUAUUAUUUUAUUUGCAAUGUGAUUGUACAAAGCAAAAAGAAUGUCUUCAGUUAGCAGUAAACCCUAUUAGGUUUUAUUUUGAUUGGGAUCAUAAAACUCUGCCAAAGAUGAAGUCACAUCUCUUAGCCAUUGUGAAUCCAGUUGUUUGUUCCCCCCCCCCCCAUUGUUCAUUUAUUUUGACAUACCCUCUGGGCAGGGGGGUCCUGUUGUGUUUAUGAUGUGAUUACACUGACUGAAUUUAGCCGAAAUAAACAAACCGGUAAAAGGA